AUGAUGUGCUACCGCAAGCGGCGGCCGCUCACCAUUUUCAUGCCGGAGCUGCUUUCCGAAGGCGAGCCCGUGUCGGUGUGUGCGGAGUGUGCCCGAUGCCUGGCGCGCGGGAGUCUGUCGCCGGCGGUCCAUCUUCACACUCGCCUUGGCUGUGAGCACAUGUUCCCUGACGAGCUCAAGGGACUCACGCUGGUCGAAGAGAAGCUCGUCUCGCUCAACUCCUGCUAUGGGCACGUCAAGGGCCACAUCACAGUGUUUCCCAACAACGUGCAGGAGCUGGCGACCAGGUGCUCCCGCACCCCUUUGCAAGCACUGGACGAGAUCCACGUUUCGUGGCAGGGCGUGGAGAAGCCGGCACCGAGCGACCUGUCGAGUCUCUUGUCGGUGAGGCGGCGGGUCGUCGAGAGGGCUCUUGUUUGGCUGAAGAGGAGCAACCCCCACUACGCCGAGAUCGAGAUCGACGUGGCGGAGAUGGAGAGUUGGGGAGACCCGAUAGACGGGGUGCCGGCCUUGGUGUAUGAUCGCAUGGAGCGGAACGAGCCGUCCGCAUGGGAGAAAACGCGGACGGCGCACGUUGUGCCGCCCACGGAGCGCGCCAUGGACGACGAGGGGUCGGUGGAGAUCGAGGAACUCUUCGCUCUGCUCAACCAAAGGCAGGAAACGGGAGGCGAGGCUGAAGGGCACGGGCCCAACGAAGAAGGCGCGGGUCGUGAUGGAGUUGGUGCUAGCCCCGAUCAGAACGUUCGACCAAUCAACGAGGUGACGUCUUCCGGCAUGUUUGGGCUGGACGGACCGCCAGACGUGGCGGAUGUCGAGAAGCUGCGCAUGCUGAGUGUGGCGAGGAAGGACUUCGGCAAGGUCGAGCGCGUUGCCCGCUCGAUGACCGCGCAAAGGUUAGCGGCGGCGAGGGUCGAGUUGGAGAGCUCGGGCAAGACGACCGAUGAGGGCGUGAAGGAGCUUCUCAGGAGCCUCUCGCUGUACGGCCACCGGCAACCCAUGUCGAGAGGUUCGGCUCAAUAUGCGGCGGAAAAUCCAGUCGCUCAUCGUUGGCUACGGCGUUCCGGCCAUCUGGUUCACCAUCAACCCAAACGACAUUACGAACCCGGUGAAGCUGCGACUGGCGGCAUAUCGGACACGCGAUCCGGCGCGGCCGAGGAGUUCCUAGAAGGCCUUGGGAGUGCGUACAAGCGGACAAGGCUGGCCAUGUCCGAUCCGAUGAGCGCCGCCGUAUUCUUCCACCGGGAGAUGAAGCUGUUCUUCGAUCAUUACGUGAAGGUCGGAGAAGAGUCGGUAUUCGGGCGCAUCGGCAAGUACUAUGGCGCUGUGGAGACCAACGAACGAGGGGCGCUUCAUGUUCACGGCUUGCUCUGGUUGCACGGAAACGCGCAUCUCAGCUCGAUGCUUGCCGACAUCCACGGGGAGGAUCAGGCGGCGUAUCGCGAGCGAAUCAUACGAUACGUCGAUAGUGUCUUCUCCGAGGAUCUGGAUCAGGAAGGGUUCUGCGCCGUGCAAGCGGAGCGAUCUGUGACGUCCGAUAUUUCCUCCCUGCUGGACAACACCGAGCAGUUUUCGGCCGCAUUUGACGAGGAGGCCAACUUCUGUGCCGGCGCUACACAGGUUCACACGCAUAGCCCGACCUGUGUCAAGUAUUCCUUGGGCAAAGGAGCGCGGAAAGGGAAUCCAUGCCGGUUUAAGUCUCCAUGGAGGUUGGUCGACAAGACCGCCAUCACGGCAGACGGGGUGUUGCAGAUCCGGAGGACUCACAGCAUGGUCAAUCGAUGGAACAAGGCUAUCGCUGUUGGGCUCCGGCACAACCACGACAUUUCCUUCAUUGCGACGCAGCGCAAGACCAUGGCCCUUAUGUAUUAUGUCACGAACUACGCGACGAAGGUGGAGGACCCGGUGUGGAAGCGUGUGGCGGCCGCGGCCGAUCUCCUGGCCGCCUCAACGGGUGACGGCACGGCCAACGGAGGACAGGACGACGGUGGAGGUGCUGUCGAGGUCGUCGCUCAUCUUCUUGGAUAUCCGGCCGAGUUCACCAACAGCAGCGCCUGGGCGUACCUGAACACAUCUCUGCUGUACUGGGAAGUCUUUCGACGGUGGCCGUAUCUCCGACGAGCAAGUGGCGCGGCGGCCAUAGAUGAUACUCUGGAUGAGUCGGUGCUCAGGCGGCCGGGCAAGCAUGCUACCGUCUGCCUCGAUGGCUACCUGAGCAAGGACUUCGGCCACAACGACGACGAGGAGUCGUGCCACCGGAGCAUCUGGGAGCGGGCGCGAGAGGCGCUGGCCCCGAGAAUAUCAUGUCUCGUCGACAACGUGCAGCUGCUUCGACGAUCAGCCGAAGACGCAAAGCGCGACGCCAAGCAAUGGGCGGCCUCAUCCGGCGAUGGCGAUUCCACGGUCGCCCACGUCGAGGAGGGCGAGACAGGCGAGGCGGGCGCAGAAUUUGCAGCGACGUAUCGGUCCAACAACAUCGGAGACGCAACGCGCCUGAUCGACGUCGUCCGAGGCGCAGUGGGCACGAAUCAGGUGACGGCCAAGUCGCCGGAGCUCAUGGCAAUGAUGCGGCAGCUCUGUCGAUUCCAGCAAUCGGCGCUCUGCUCAACGGCCGAGCUCGAGGCCAUCGCGAUUCCCGAACAAGGGUUGAGGUGCAUAAGCAUGCCAGGGCGGGUAUUUUCCGGGGCCGCACUACCGCCGCAGGAUCAGGUCAAGGCUAUCAAGUCGCAGCAGAUAAGGACUGCCGCGGCGCAGAUCAACGGCAUCACGAUCCUCCGCCUGCGGCGGUUCAUCCACGGCCAGUCUCGGAUGGACUGGCAGGAGAAGGACGUGCUUGUCAUCGACGAGAUUUCGGGGAUCCCCAUCGUCCUCUUCUGCGGAGACUUUCAGCAGUUCCGGCCGGUCCAAGAGAGGUCGAUCGUCCUGCCGAGCGCGGCCAUCUCGUGGGACGUAGACAACUCGUUCAAGGCCGAGCAGCGGCACCAGCACGACAAAGCGCACGCGCUGUGGAAGAGAUUCACGACGGUCGUCAUGUUGAACGAGCAAAUGCGCGCCGCCGGACCGCACGGAUCUGGACCUCCUCAACUCAGGUGCUACCGCGAGGGCAGGCGGAUCCCUUGGGAGACUGGCAUCACCGUGGUGACGCCGCUGAACAGGAAUCGGUGGAACCUAAACAUGGAGGCAAGCUUGGCGUUCCGGGUCCAGCAGCGGUCGACGAUGCGCAUCUUCAUCUCCGAGCACAAGUGGAAGGAGGGCCUGCCGACCGAGGAAGAAGCGAUCAUGGUACUCAAUCAAGGCGACGAUAGCGCGAUCCCCGUGCCGGCCGUCUUCAUGUUCGUGGCCGGGAUGCCGGUCGUCGUGAACCACAACACCCAUGGGGGCUGA